AUGCCAAAGCAAACCAUUACCGACCUGAAAGAAUUCAGAAACGCCAUUGAGACGCUUGACAAAAAGGUCCGGAGAGGGCUCGAGAAUGGCAAUGUGACGGAGGUUAUGAACCUAAAUUGGGAUUUGGUAUUGGCCGUAGCCACAUCCACGGCCACAGAAUGUGUUGCAGAAAAAGAGAAAAAGUCAAAUAUAUUUCUGUUCCAAUUCUUGAUGGCCUAUGGAGAAGCGCGUCAACAAGAUCAACAUUACAGCCCCGAAUUUCUAGAAAAGAUGCACAACCUUUUGAAAAAUGAGGGUUCCAGUGGCACACCUGAACCUCAAGACAGGCGCUCUGAACAUCCCAAUAACAGCAGUAAAUUGAGUAACCGCAUGCAGAAUGCAACUCGCCAACAUGCCCGACCCUCGCCAAAAAAGUGUUGUGGUACUGGAAAGAUUGGUUCGGCUUCAGCACGUCCAGUAAAACCAGAGUCCGACCCGGAGGAUGACUCUGAUGCAUCAAAUGCUGCUCGACCUCCCAAGAGACGUCGCAUCGGCUCAACUCGUGCGAGUGCUAUUAAGACUUUUGCUGAACUUGAGGCAUCAGAAGAUGACACUGGCAAUGACGACACAUUCAUACCUUCUCGGUAUCCUUCUGAGCCUAAAAGCCCUGAGGAAACUCCCAAACCAAAGACAGUACGAUCUACAUCCAAACGAAAUAAAUCUUCGGCUAGGCAGUCGAAGGAGAAGUCGGUCGGACCUGGACACGAUGAGCGCAUGCCAGUGAAGGCUACGAAAUGGAUUCAUUCAAUUACAAGCGAGUUAGAAGACGAUCGUAACCCAAAAAUUACUCCCCGAGGCGCAUUGAACCUAAUCAAAGUUGGAGCAUCAACGCCAUUCAACAGUCGAGCUAGAUCCGUUGCAGGUCAUCACACCGAACUCCCUGUGAAUCUACCCACUGCAGAGUCAGCCAUUAAUCCUACGAUGGCUGAUGCAAAGGAGUCAGACACGGUUAAUGUCUCCAAUGAAACCACAUCACCUCAAGAAACCUCAUCAACUCCAUCCGCAAAAGCUAAAGGAAAGCAAGUAGAGCGUCUUGUCAAGACAUGGGACAACUGGUUCCAUGAAGAUGCCGCCCAAAGUAGUUCCACUCAGCCACCACCACCUUUGCCUCCUCGCCCUUCGUAUAUUCGUGAUUGGGACUUGGAGGAUGAUACAAAAGGCCAAGACACCAAUACCACCUUAUCCACCGAAGAUCGGCUCACAAGGCUAGAAAAGAAAUGUGACCAAAUCAUUCAAAAAAUGAAGAGAAUAGACGACCAGCUCACCAGUUAUGAUCACGGUUUUGACUACAUCACGGGGAAGUUGACCUUCUUUGUUUCAUUGGUGGAAUUGAUCGACUCAAAAGUGGAUACAUUAAAUCACUUUAAUGCAGAAGUCAUUGAAAGAAUGACCGUAAUGAGGCGAGAAGUCAAUGUCGUUCUGCGCGAUAUGUACGAGCAUAGCUCGUCAGAGGCCGAGGGGCAUACACAUUAUGAUGCACCACAAACGUACCAAAGUGGAAAUGCGACACAGAACAACGGCAAUGCUAAUGCGUCGACUUUGGCAUCAAUGACAGAUUCAACGGACGUAGGUCGUGAAUAUGUGCCUGUACAUUCACACAGCAAGUUAGCUGCUUUGGCCAAAACAUGGUCUGGGGGGACAUCAGACAAACCAAUUGACCUUGAAGAGCACGAAACUCCAUCUUUGGCCAGUGGCGACUGUGCUAAGGAUGCCGAGAAUAACGCCGAUCAAGCCAAGCUCGCCAAACCCGCACUCCAAACCAAAAUGCGGACUUCUGUGAAUGCCACUGCCAGUUUGCCUAGUCGUAAGAAACUUGCCAAAGAAACAAACCAUGCUCACCGGAGCUCGAACAUCCGUGUUGAGUCCCCCAACCCUAACAGUAAUGCCGAAAAAGACCAGAACACCAAGCAGAACACCAAGGAUGACAAUGUCCAACACGUGUCCUUGACAACUCGCCUGGAUGAUGCCCGAUUGUCAGGUCAUGUCAAGCUCGCCAAAGAGGCCGAAGUUGUCGAACAGGCACUCUCGCCAAAUAGUGUCAACACUGCCUACUCGUCAGUUCACGCCAACCACGCUGAUGAUGAACAUAUGAAUACUCAACCCGACUCAGCAAAUAACUCGCAUCAGCAAAAAAAAAUAUUGCAGGACCAAGGUGCUGAGAUAGCCAAAGAUAUGGUGUCCAACAAGGAUGCAAGGGGUGAAGACAAGGCCAUUGCGGUUGAACAAGAUGACCAAUCCUCACCCCGUGUCUCCAUACCCCACAAUUCCCACGAACGUGAAAAUUGCCUCACUCUUGUUCCUUAUCAUCGUCUUACCGCUGUACCCCCUUCACCAGUUAUCCCACCCCAAUCUUUCUCAAAUUUGGCUAAUCCGCUACAAGUAUUAUCAUCCCCCUUCCCCCCCAUGCAGAUAGGACCGGAUGGCAAUUUACUUACGCCUCCAGGAUCACAAGAUGACCAAGAUGAUAUGGUUGAAUAUUAA